GCGACUUGCAAGAAUUGCAUUCCACCAUGAAACAUCUGGCGACGGUAACGAGAGUUGUGUCGCGCUUUCCACGUUCGCCGUGCAUUUCUCAGUCGCGAAUGCUUGGAACACUCCCCUCUGCAACGGAUAAAUCUACAAUGGUAGACACGACUGGCACCCUCGAAUCAUUUAUUCCCGGUGCGUUCGAAGCAGUUGCAGCGUCAAAGCCAAAAACACCGGCACCAGCACCUAUUCCAAGUUCAACGCCGGUUCAGAUGGACAUACCUCCACCUGAAGAUCCUCUUCUUCAGUACCUCACUUCAGCGCUGCUGCACCACGGACACCGCGCAAAAGCAGCCCGCAUGACGUCCCUCACUCUCUUACACAUCCAUGCUUUCACCCGUGCUCCCCCAUUGCCCAUCCUACGAGAAGCCAUAAUGGCUGCUGCCCCGGCUGUGCGCUGUAUGUCGCAUAAACAUGGGUCAAAGAAUGUGGCUAAGCCUAUUGCACUCGGAGAGAAGCAGCGAGUCAGGACGGCGGUGCAAAUGAUCAUUAAGGCAAGCGAGAAAAAGAACGGAAAGACAAUUGCGGAGAGGCUGGCCAGGGAGAUGAUUGCAGUGGUGCAAGGCGAUAGUAGGGCGCUUGAGGAGAGGGAAACUAUACAUCGGUUUGCAAUGGUUAACAGGGGAAAUACACUCUUGCGCUGAGAUAUAUGUGGUUUACAUCGUUGGCAGCAACUUGAAGGCCACUCCGUGUGGCACGGAUGGUUUCUGUUGUCCUACAGCAUUCUUGUCAUAGCUUCAUUGUCCACCGCCAUAUGCUGUCAGCUCGCAGGCAGUGUACUCAAAGGAAUACAAGUACUUGCGAUGACCGUCUAAUUUGUAUCUUACUAUGCGCUCUACUGCAUCAAUGAGGAAGUCAGUUUGUU